AUGUUUGAAACUCCCUUACCACCUCGGAAGAGCGCCUUUCCCACGCCUCCGAGCACCCAGAACAGGCCUGUUGCCUACUCGGCAGAAACAGGACUGCCUGACAUGGGGCUGAAUCAGUUCACGGAGGACAGCUUCGAUGCGUCUGAGCUGAGCGUCGACCAGAGCCUGCUGACUGACGAUUCUCCAGUUUCUCGCAAGCGGCAGCUCGAGGCACCCCAAAGUGACCAGCCAAGCAAGAUACGAGCUGGCAGCGACAAAGAGCAGGAAAAAUGGCCCCAGGAUGUCGAGGAGGCCUUUGAGCAGGCGCUGCGGAUCAUCCCCAAACACGGGCUACACAAAAUCAAAAUCAACGGCCGCGCUUGUGGACGCAACGAGCUGAUUUCGGACUACAUCUACGCCAAAACAGGUAAGGUCCGGUCGCGCAAGCAGGUCUCCUCGCAUAUCCAGGUGGUGAAGAAUAUAAAGAAACGGCCCGAGCUUACCAAGUUAAUUUUGGACGGGCCUCCCUGCGACGAGGAGACCAAACGGCUAUUUGACCAGGAAUUCAGCCGGAUCUCGAUGGCCAAAAUGGCCGCUGCCGACAAAAGCCCCGGGGCCUCGAAGGUGCAGACCAUCAGGUAUCCGCUCACUCCAAUCCACCCGAACAGCAACGGAGUGCGCCAGCAGCUAAGCCUGGCAGACCUGUUCCGAAUUGACCUCACUCUCAAGAAGUUCAUCAUGAACUACGUGGACUUUGAAGAGCCAGAGAACUCCCACAUGUUCACCUCUCUGCCCGAAGACUACUACCAGCCACCGCUGCGAAUCCGCACCAACGCCGACCUCAGCCACCGGUUCCCGCAGCUUUUUGACCUCAUAGAUCAGAUCAAGGCGCAGACGCCCUGGUCGCCGUCCAUGCAAAUGCAUUCCACGCUGCCGCCCGUGCCACUGCUGCAUGGCAUGGUGAAAAUCGUUGCCCCGGACGAAAACCAUAACACCAACUCGGGCCACUUUAAUGUCAACUCCAGCCUCCAGCUGCACUCCAUUCCGGCCACGGACCGCAAGUACGCGUGUCUGACGUUGAUAUACUCCUAUGGACGUACGAUCGUGACUACCUUGGAAAAGCUGGAGACAAAAGUGGUGCGCAAACAGGGCUCGCACAAAGACGUAGCACUGGAGAUUCGGCUUGGCACAAACUACUGGGCUGACUUCUUUGCCGGCAUCCGCAGGCUCAUGGGUGCACCAGAGACCAAAGACAUUCGCAAAGACCUGCUCACGCGCGCGAUAAAGGGCAUCACCAUGAAACAGGUGAUUGUCAACGUGAACGACGAAAACGAGCUGGUAGCAGAGACAAAACCGCGCAUUUCCCUGGAUCAUGUCCGCAAAGACAACGUGCGGGCCAUCAUUCUAUGGGAGUUCCUCAAAGUGGACGACCAAAACGAGGCCAAAACAACCAUACGGAGACUCCAUCUGCCAUUGCGAGAGCCUGCACAGCCGGUGCAGCUUCCAGAGCCAGAGCCAGAACCAUCUCUUCAUAACGACAUCAACUUUUCCAAUGCAUUGCCUGACUUCCAUGAAGCAGAUCCAUUCCUCUCGCUCAACACUCUCAACAAUAACGACGCACAACUCGACGAAAAUUACUCCUACUUGUGGUGACCGUGAGUGCUCAACAUAGCUCCUAUUUUCAGAGUUAUCGUCUAUGAAAUUCCUUUUGAAGCUACUGAAGUAGUUGUUCACGAAGCCCUCAAAGAGAAUACCGCCAUGUUCACCCUGCGGCUAUCUGUGGUAACGAGGAACAGGUUGCGGAUGGAAUUGCCAGGUGGCUGGCCGAAAUUCAAAACCCAUCAAAGAAGCCAGAUCUUCUGCACCAUCGAGGUUUCUGACGACUACCACGGCUACCAGCUGAUCAGGCAAAGAGUCGAGGAAUUGCUGCCAAAGGCCGUCAAGAUCGGCUGAAUUGAGAUCUUCCCCGUUCACUCGCCAGGAUCCCACUACAACAUCCCCCAUAGCACCUGGAAUGCGCUUCAGGAGUUUGUAGCCAGCGGAGAAGUCAAGCAUAUCACUGUCUGCACUCUCGGAGUAAAACACCCAAGGAAGCUUCUGGCGUACCCAGACCUCAAGAUUAAGCCCGCGAUCAACCAAAUGGAACUCAAUCCAUGGCUUCUACGCCCCUGACUGGUCAAUUUCUGCAAGAAGAGCAAUUCUGGUGUCGAAGAUUACUCUCCUUUGGCCAGGGGAUACAAACGUGACAAUCCCUACCAGUUGGCUGUUGCUCGGAGACGCAAGAAAAGUCCGACCGAGAUUCUAAUUGCGUGGUGCCUGCACAAACGUAACGUCCUACUGCCAAAGGCAGCACAGAUUUCUAGACUGGAGCCCAAUCUUGAGGUCUUCGACAUCAAACUGGCUACGGGACCUUGAACGGCUCGGAAAACCUGGCGAGCACUCAAAUACAGACCGAGACCCUGCGGUAUAACCGCUAGACAACGAGAAAUAGCUGCAGCAUAAGCAUACGUACUUUUAUCUAACAUUUUCUUCUUCCCAGCCAUCAAAGUAUAGAUCCAGGAGACAGGAAGCACUCCAUGCCUGGGUGGGGCUCGAAUCGGCACAGAAAUCUCCAUUUUUCUGUGUCAACUCAGUCAGUCCUGCCCAGACACUCUCGUCGAUCCAUUUUUUGUGUCCCGAGAGUCUCUUGGAUAUCAACUGGUGCAUGUAGUGAGUAGAACUACCGUUUUCAGAGCAAGAUGGAUGCUCAGAAAGGUACACAUGCCGGAAAGCACGCAUGAAAUAUCCCAGAAUCCAGCACCACUCAGGACCCUGGUGGUAAUUCCGUCCUUUGGCGGUUGCAAAGUCCAUGGAAUCCACGUUGUUCAGAUAAUAGGGCCGGUAGUUGUAGUCGCUUGGAUCCAAGGUUGCUAGUCCAAUAGGCCCUCUCAAAAUACGAUCGGCCAUUUGGAUAGCUUUCAAGGCACGCGAAGGAGUGAAUAACUCUGGUGCAACAGCAAUAGCAAUAGGGAAGUUACCACGCAGCUGAUAAUCCUCGUAUUCCUUUCCAGAUCUGAAGAGGUCUUUGUAGAUUCCGCGCCGGUUAACAAUCUCGGGGUUGAUCACAAAUUGGCUAUCCUCAGCAGGGUCCUCAGGGAUGAAGUAACAUCUCUCAAAAUUGUCUUGCAGCAGCUGAUUCCAGUGCUCAAAAGUAACCGUUUCUCCUGUUUGGGUUUCCAGUUCUUUGUAGUCAAAUAAACCCUUCUUUUGUAACUCAAUGGCAAAACGCAGUGCACUCUUCAGCAAUGCAUUGAUCUCCACAGCAGCACCAUCUCGAGGAGUUCCUGGAUACCCUUUGUUGCCCGCAAGACUACUCUCACCCAUUUUAUCCAUCCACGUACCACAGUUGAACUGAUUGCCUCCGUGGAUUAACCCGGUUUCCCAGUCAACAUGGAUUUCAACAUUGAAACCUUCGUCUUUCAUUUGUGAGUCUAUCUGAGGGCCAGCAUUGGCCUCUCUGAACUUGAUUCCGCGUGCAUGGCGACUGAAUAUCUCGUACAUUAUUUCUCUGAUAGAGCUUUCAUAACUAAAGGCCAAUGGGUCGUCAACAGGAAUAUAUUUAUCGUCCAAGGGGAACCGUCUUUUCACCUUACAAUCAAGGAUAUCACUCCCGUUUGGAGCCCAUUUGAUGUAGUUCUGAAUAGAUUCCAAAAACCACCAUGCCGCAUCCCGAGCAUUGUACCGUGGCUCUUUGCCCGAACCAAGCAGGUUUGGUAUCAGUCCGUGUUUGAGUGUCUUUGCAAAGCACAGAAUGUGGUCUUUGGCCUCCUCAAACCGGCCUGUAACAAUCAGCAAUCCGCGCAGAGCAAUAAAGAUAUCUCUACCCCAGCAUCUCAUAUAGUCGUAACUGAAAUGUGGGAGCCCAGCAGCCAUAGACGGAAUAACUGUAAGGGGGUGAAUGGAGGCACUCCGCAUAUAUGCAAUCAUUUGAACAGAGACCAUGGCCAGACUUUGAACAAACCGAGUGCUUCUUUGGAUUCUCGGAGUCAUCAGUUUCAACGCUUGGAAUCUCAGUGCUUCGUAGGCAAUUCCAACCACCAAGGCAAAAUAACGAGGGACAAGAAAGUACGGCACUUUCUUGACGGCAUACAGACGCGAUUCAAGCCAGACCUUGAACUCUGAAACCGCUGGUCCGUAGCUCUCAUACUUGGUCAGUCGAGAAGGAAUGUAAUCCAAUGCCCAGGUACCAGACCGAAGAUGGUCUGCCAAAGGAUGAGCCAGAUCAUUGUUUCGUAUGACAUGUUUCAGUACUGAUAUCCAGCCCUGGAUUCCAGCAUAAACAAGAUGGCCAUAUCCAGGAACAUCGUAAUUACCUUCUCUUCCAGCACUGGCAUCACGUUCUUCGGAUUCGCAGCGAUACAAGAUGGCAUUGAUAUCCAACAGUGUCAAGUUUUUCGCGGCUUCUAGAGCACCAGACCGAACAAACCGAUCGAGCUGAUAAUCGCAACCAGGUAUUGUUGUACUCAACACUGCGAUAGACCCUUGCGGGAAAUUUGAUGGUAAUUUGAUAAGGCUAUCCUGACCCCGUGUCUCCACUUCUAUAGGGCCUAUCUCUUGAAGCCUAACAGGAACAGACUUCAUGUAGCCCUUUUCAUAGACUGGAUCUUUGCCAGUACGCAUCAAAGUGUAGGCAAAUAGAUGCUCGACCUUUGUUCCACUAAGGACGAUAGGUGCCAACGACUGAUCGCUAUCUUGGUAAAAUUUAGUUCUGGCAAUCAAAAAGUAGCCUCUGCCAGUUUUUGCGUUUGUUCUGUGAACAGUGAUGAACUGAUCCUCAUGGUGCACGUGCAUUUCGUUGCUUUCCAAAUCCUCAACGCUUUGAUUAGCAAGCUCCAAUCUGAUCUUGUUGAGUUUCGUCUUCACAUCACCGAUUCCAGACCCAUACGUGUAUAGUCUGUCUUCUUUGACAACAUCUAGCAACUUUGGAUAACACUCAUCGUAGCCAAAGGUUGUACCCACUGCGCAGGAGCAAAAAGAGACCAGGGCAGCGUUUGGAAGCGUAUCUUCAACUGUGCGUUUUUCGUUUGGUGUCUCAUUGUCAUGAGUGCAAUCCAUGAACAAGGCGUGAGGAGCAUUCGAUACAACAGAUUCAGGAAUGGGAAUCUCACUUUUUCUCGCAAAACUCUCACUCAGUCUAGUGUCGUACUCCUCUUUAUUCACAGGGUAGGCCAGCUCGUCCAAUGGAAGCCACUUAAAUGAGCCAAUUGGAGGACCCCCAUGCCGAUGCACAAGCCGCGAAAGCUCUCCAACCGAGUACGCCUGCAUUGCCUCUCGAAUCAAAGACGAGAUACCAAGACGCUCAACAAAAAUAAUGUCCAGCUCCUCAGAUCCUGUGAACAGUUCUGCCACCACAUACAGAUUCGGAUUCACCUCACGAGCGGCAUCUAGCAGAGCUUCUGCAACAUGCAAUGGAGUCGAGUGACAGUUAUCUAUUCUGAAUCCGUGGAAAAGAGAGGCAGACAGUCUGGAGUACUCAAGCAUUCUGGACCAAAGAGCAGGCGACUCUUCAGGCCCGCUUCCGUACCGCAGCUUGACACAGUCACCCCAAACAAUAACCUCUCGACGCAGAUAGCAUUUAGACUCGUUAGACGCAAAGUCCACAAGCGGGUUACCUCCCCAAAUCCAUCCGUUAUUGGCUAGACUCCAUUCUCUUCCACUGGAAUCGGUGAAUCUUGUAAAGUAAGGCUCUGUCAAUGGGUUUUCCUCCGUAACCUCUCCAAGCUUCGGGCCGUGAUCUUCAAGCCGCAUGUACUUGAUUCUGUUGUAUAGCUGUUCCAGUAUUUCACCAUUGUCUUCAUCAUAUUGCUUGUACAAAGGAAGGUUGAUCUCAUCAAGAAUCUUCUUGGCAUAUCCUUUAACCUCAGGAUAAGAUAGAUCCCCAUAAAGAUAAUGCAAAACGGAAGCAAACUUUUGUAUAUCGAGGCGGUUGCCAAACCUAGGACCUAGUCCAAAAGGUUUUACACAGGCUUUCGAGGCAACAAAACGAGCCAGGUCGGGAAGACUGGCAUCUUUGGAAAUGUCAAAAGAGCAGUUUUCAGCAGAAACAUCCCAUUGAGACUCCAACUCGAGUAGGUGCUCAGAAACGUCUACCACGUAAAAUUCCCAUAGCUUGAGCUCACCUAACACGUGGAUCUUUAUUCCGUCCAUAACCUUGAGCAAAUCCUCAAUGUUCCGGAUGUUGGUGGGGUACCCAUGACGUUCCAUCAUUUUGCUGAACUCCAGCAGCAACCCAUCCAAUUCAAUGGCAGGAAUCAAGUGCGGAGCGGUCUCCUGGUUGUAUCCAACAUCUGGAUUUUCUCUAAUCCAGGAGCUGUUGUUGGCUGUGUGAUUGAAGACGACAUCUGUCAUCGACAAAAUGCCGUGUUCCUUUUCGAGCCGGUAAACCAUGUUCUUCACGUCUGUUUGGCCAUUAGCAAACGCCGUGCGGUCAAAUUCAAGCUGGUCGUAAAUGGAGUACGGCGAAUUCGACUCACCGCGGGUUUGAAGCGGCGUGAAAUGGAUCAUGUUGUAUCCCUUGCGAGAAAUCUCUGCGAACACCGCAUCCCAGUCCAGGUGAUUUGCACCCAUCCAUUUGGAAACCACAGAUUGCAUGCUAAUGGCAUUGAGGGGCAAAUACUGUCCCUGAACAAAGAGCGAAGGCGGCACCACAAAGUAAAAUUUGCGAGUCGUCACAAACUCCUCCUCAUCGCCCUCCUUUAAAGUAUGGUAUCCUGUAUAGUAGCAGUAGGAGCCCGGACGGUAGAUCGGCACGUCAACGGUGAUGUCCUUGUAUAGACUGGAUGCAAUUGGGUGCUUAUUGUACCUGUCUCUUCUGUAGGGUUCGCUUUCAGCUUUGGGCACAUCUGUCCAGAUGGUGCCCUUGUUUGUGAUUUGGGAACCUGCUACGAUGUAGAAUCUCAGCGUGAAAAGAGGACUUUCCUGUCUGGAACAAGUAGGGAACGUCAGCACUCCACGGCUAUUCUCGAACACCGGCUCACCCGUGUCAUUAAUUCGCAAAAGAA